AUGGGAUUGGCCGAAGUUCAGGCUGUCAUGAGGGAACAGGGACCUGGCAGACACGCUCGCGUCUUUGCGGCCAGCGACUCUCGAAAGGACGGCAGAGCUAGUGCUUACUGAUGGAGUUUGCUUACAUGCAUGAACGCCUGCUCCAAAUGAUUUGCGACAGCCUCAUCCUCGUCGCCAAUCAGCGCUCGCGAUAUCUCUUCACAGGCAGGCUCAAUGCGCCCAAUGUCCUUGCCCUUCUCCUCCUCGUCGAUGCACCUAUCAUGUAAGCUUGGAAUCGCAACGCAACGCAUUGAAUUAUCCCAAUCGGUAUCAACACAAGCUCCGUUCUGUGUGCACUCUUGUUCACUAUCUGCACUCUUUCCGUCGACUGAGGGGCAAGGGUCGCAAUCUCUCCAAGUCCUACUCAUUCCUGCCCCCAAGGGACAUGCUGCGCGGCCACGGCUUUGCAAUGUUGAGGUUGGUGCAUGCCAUUGCGAAGCAUCCUCAAAUGUCGUCAAAGCAUCUCGAAAUCAAAAAGAAGCGAUUACCUGCAUUCGAAUUGGAAGAACACAAGUGCUGGAUGUCUGAGCGGGCAGAAUAA